GACGUUAGUUGACACUUGACAUUUGACAAAUAGGGAAAUGUCAAAGUCAAUAAAAUUGCCGAGGUUUGUGUUGUAAAAUCUAAAUCCGUAAAUCGUGACUUUCAAAAAUUGUUUUUAUAGAUUGAAUUACAACUUCCACGAACCAAAAACAUGCCUACUUCAGUUAUGGACCCAAAUAUGAGUUGGAUGAACGCGCCUCAUAGCACCGGCACGUCGAUCAUGGCUUGCGAGUUCGAUGGCGGCGUCGUGAUCGGCGCCGACUCCCGCACCACCACCGGCGCGUACAUCGCCAACAGAGUUACGGACAAGCUCACGAGGAUCACGGACCACAUAUACUGCUGUCGCUCAGGAUCUGCUGCGGACACGCAAGCCAUUGCUGAUAUUGUUACUUAUCACUUGAACUUCCACAAGAUGGAACUAGGUGAAGAACCUCUGGUGCAGACUGCGGCUGCAAUUUUCCGUGAAUUGUGUUACAAUUACCGUGAUUCACUUGUUGCUGGUAUCCUAGUUGCAGGCUGGGACAAGAAGAAAGGAGGCCAAAUCUACUCAGUUCCAAUCGGAGGAAUGGUACAACGUCAAGCAGUCUCCAUUGGCGGAUCAGGUUCCUCCUAUGUUUAUGGUUACGUUGACGCCAACUUCAAGCCCAACAUGAGCAAGGAAGAAGCUAAGAAGUUUGUCACCAAUACCCUGACCCUGGCCAUGCUUCGAGAUGGUUCCUCUGGUGGUGUGGUGAGACUGGGUGUGUUAACUGAAACGGGUGUUGAAAGAUUGGUGAUCCUUGGUGACCAGCUUCCCAAGUUCUAUGAGGGUUGAACAUUAUUUUUAAUUAAUUAAUAAAUUUUGCUUAAUAUCUCGA